UCGAUUCAUUGUUGCUUGGACGUGGCAGCCAUGACGUGAUUUUUGACUUUGACUUGGGUCUCUUGUUGGUUGGAAAAAUUUAAUUUUACAAAUUUACUCAUUCUAAAUGCCAAUUAAUUACAUUCUCAAACUUCCAUUACCUAACAACAAACUAGUGUUUAAUUUGCAUUAAAAAUUCCAACUCCAUUUCAAACGGUUCGCAUUGAAAAAUAAAGUGAAAGUAUUGCUCCUAAACUCUUUUUAUUUUUUUCUAAAGAAACUGAACUGACUGUGUGCUUCUUUUCGGGGACUGACUUCUUCUGCUCGUGAGUGCGAUUUUUCUUCUUCAAAAUUUCAAUUCAAUAAUUGUGUGAAAUAAAAAGAAAAAAGAAAAAUACCUACCAUAUUCAAUAAAUCACAAGUUUAUCGAAAUUAAAUAAGAAAAAGAGACUGAAAAUUGAAAAUACGAAUCAAUCGACGACGACUAAGCUACGACGACGAGGAGAGAAAUAAAAUAAUACAAAAAAUUAUGAAAGUGCCGUGAAGGUUCGUCGUCGCGGAAUUUUUCCCUUUUCCAUCGCCGUCCUGCGACUCAAAAGUUGAUUCCCCAAUAAAAAACAAAGAAAAUUAACCCAAGGAACAACAUUAAACAUUAUUUUUGGACUUUCAAUCACACAAAGUAUUCAAAAAGGUGUCGAAAAUAGUUGAGAAAUUUUUGCUUUUUGCAGAUGAAAAAAAAAAUAACUUCGAAAAGAAUUGAAAUUUCGAUUGUUGCUCUCUUUUUUUUUAAAUAUUGUUUUUCCUCCUUCCUCUCUGUGUAUUGCUGCUGUGCUCUAACUUUGCAGUUUAUGCGUGCGUUAAAAAGGGAAGGCAGACACAACGAACGAACAUCAACGACAUCAAGAGGAUUUUCCUUUUUUAUUUUUUCCUAAUUAUUUAGGGGAUUUUCCUCUGAGCCGAGUUGAGACGAGAGUGAAGUGAAUUGAAUUGACGGUGGAUGUGACUGACUGCUGCUGUGCUGCAUCGCGAAUCGUAUCGAAUUGAAUCGACUCGCAUCGAAAACAGAUCAUAACAUACCGUUGAAAGUUUACACGUCUGUUUCUGUUUCUGUUUGCACCUUAACCCAAUUAAUUGGUAGCUUCUAGCUCAAAACUAAAGAAAAGCCAAUCGAACUGCAAAUCAAAUUAAUAAAUCACAAAAGUCCACAAGACAAGAACAAUAGACACAGUGAGUGAUUAAAAAAAAAGAAAUAAAGAAUAAGAAAAAAAAAAAACAAUAAAAUAAAUAUCACCCCAAAUCAUAGCUCCAACAGUGGCAAUCAAAUCUAGAUACGAAUACGACCGAUCCGACGACGCAAGGUAGGAGGAGAGGAUACUUUGUCAAGAAGAGACGGUGCGAGCUGAAGGAGGGGGCUUUUUAAUUUUAUUUAAAAUAAGUAGUCAAAUCGAAUCGAAAAAAUAAAAAAGAUAAAGCAAGAUAGUCAUAGGAGACAAGUGAAGGCCCACCACCAGAGGCAGAGGUAGAGGCACAUUCACAGGCAGCACACAAGAGAGAAAGAAAGAGAGCACUCGCAGUUUGACGAGUUCGCACUCGAAAAAAUAAGAAAUAAAAAAAAUAAAAACCAUAAACGACGAACUAACAAGUUAUGACAAAUUCAUGUGUGUCGUCAAAAUGGCUUCCUCAUAUACAAACUGGCAACUAUGGAAUGUCACAGAAUUCGAUAGAUGAGAGCAAGCAAUAUAUUUUCGUGAAAUUAACAGAUUCCGCGUAUCGGGCGGUGGAGGAGUACCAGAAGAAUGAGAACAAAUGUAGCGCCCGAGCCAAGAUCCAGGUAAUCGGGAAUGGUGGGGUGAUAUCGUUUCCCACAGCCGAUGAUAGCGAAGGCCAGAAGUUUGGAUUUGCCAUUGAUGAUAUUGAGGGAUCGUUCGAGUGCAUAAAACAGACUCAGAAUGAUCUGGACGUGUUGGGGACACUGCCAUACAAGAUGCGGAUACAGGCGAAUGAUGAUGUGUAUGAGAAGACCCGACAUCGAAUGGCUGUGGCUGAGAAGACGCAGAAGGACAAAUGCACCAGGGAGAUUAAGCCCAAUCAGACAGAUAUUGGCAGGAAGGUUAAGUUGAAAAACAGUAUAGGGGGAGGAAGUGGUAGUGGCAGUGGCAGUGGAAGUGGGAGUUUAGGUUCGGGUUUAGGAUUAGGAGGAAGCAAUAUCAAUGGAAAUUUAAGUAGUGGGAGUAGAAAUGGAUUGAAUAUGAAUAGUAGUAAUGGUUGCGGCAGCAGCAGCAGUAGUAGCAAUGUGCUUCCUAAGCGAGAUCCGGCAGCUUCCAAUAAUUGCAGUCCGCAUGCAUCGAUUGUGAGUAAUAGCAGUAGUAAUAUCACCCACCCACACCCCCUCAAGAUAUCAUCAAACUCAAGAUCACCAAAUCCAUCAAUGUCAAUGUCGUCGUCGUUGUCAUCGUCGUCGUCGUCCAGAAGUUCCAACAUCAACAACAACAACAGUAACAGCAAUCUCGUUGGCAUGCCAACAUCUGCCUCGUCCCUAUCAUCAGCACUGUCUUCGGCAGCUGGUUCUGGAACAUCAGGCAUAAGCAAUGGUUACUUCCGGGGCAACAGUCCAGAGAUGAAGAUGAACUCGAGCAGCAAUAGCAACAAGAACGGUCCAAAUCUAGCAGCAGCCAAUAAUCGCACGAAAAGUGGUAAAGCCUUGGGGGGAAGUGGGAACAGCCUGGGCGGAAUUGGCAGCAACAACUCCAAUCAAACCCGCCACAAAGGCAAUGAUAUUACCAAGCGCAACAUUCGGGAGCGAUUGAUCCAUUUGCUGGCACUGAAACCCUUCAAAAAACCAGAGCUCUACAAUCGUUUGACCAACGAAGGCAUCCGAGAUAGAGAGAAGUCUUUGAUAAGCACGAUUCUGAAGGAGAUAUCAACCAUGCGUGACAACACAUACAACCUGAAACGACCAAUGUGGAACGAUGUGAACGAAAAUUGGCAGUUCUACACAGAACAAGAGCUCCAGAUGCUUAAGCGACGCAAGCCGCAGAACCUCACUCCGCCAAUAAGUUCGGAUGCGGGCAGUUCAACGUCCGGACAGAGCCCAACAAGUACACACAAUGGCAGUCCGCCACCAGCUGUUAAACGGCCACCUAGUCUGGACCAUCGGGAUCGCUGCUACGAGAAUCCCAAUGCAAAGAAGCAGCGAAUAAGUCGCAUAAACAAAGACAACAGCAGCAAUAUCAGCAGUGCGAGUUCAAUUCUCGUUGCACCGCCUCUAAGCAGGGACAGUGUCAAUGCCAGCAGUGCCAGUGCCAAUGAGAAGAACCAACAGAACCUGAUACAUAUGAAUAAUCAACAAAAUCACAUUGAUACAGAUGAGAACUCGGUUGAUCUGAGUUACUCGGUCCUAGAUAAUGAUGACUUUAUAAUGGCUGGGAAUACGAUGGGCAAUAAUAGAAGAGCACCAAGUGCAUCUGGUGGAGGACUUAAAAUAUAUCACAACAAUAACAACAAGAGUCCUUACAGUGAUGUAACGGGGGCGGCGACAACAACAUCAUCUUCUUCUUCAUCUUCGUUGGUGGUAGAUAAGAAACGAUCAUCGCCUUAUAGCAACAACAGCACCAGUGGUAAUAGCAGCAGACAACAACAGCAGCAGCUAAAAAUGUCACCGAACAUCCUAAAUAGUAACAGUAGUAGCAGCAGCAGCAAGCAGAGUGUCAUAUAUUCGCCCAAUAACCAACAACAGCAAUCACAAACGUCGACAGCAUCAGCAACAAACCACCAUAGUAGCAGCAGUAAUUAUGGUGGUCACACUAAAUCAACCCAGCAGCAGUAUACACAUCCUCAACAGCAACAACAACAACAUCAAUCCCUUCAUUAUCAGCAGCAGCAGCAACAACAACAACAACAAAAACAACAGCAUCAUCAUCAUCACCAAAAAAAUACGCAACAACAUCAUCAAAAUCAAAAUCCGCAACAUCAAUUGCAACAGCAUCAACAACAUCAGCAGCAGCAGCAACAACAACAGCAGCAGCAACCGCCACCCCGCUACGACUUCAGCAAUUAUACCAAGAUCCAAACCAUCGAGCAGCGUCGUCAAUACAAGACUGAGUUUGAGAACGAUUACGCCGAGUACCGCCAGCUCUUGAGCCAGAUCGACAACGUUGGUAAGCGAUUUCAGAUGUUGGCCGAACGUUUGCACAGCGCUCGCAAUGACGCCGACUACAGCAACAUAAAGAAGGAGAUAGUGAACCAGUACGAGCGCAUUCGCAACGAGAAAGCCCACCAACGAGACAAGAUGCGAUUCGACUACUUGCACGUGAAGCUGGCCCACAUUAAGGGUCUUGUUAGUGAGUACGAUAAAAUGUUGACCUCGUCGGCGGCUACUGCAGCAGCAGCAGCUGCGGCAGGCCAACAUCAAUCUGGCCAAGCCAAUAGGUUGACGGACCCAGCAGCUGCUGCUCAGCAGCAGCGUCUCACGAAUGGCAACCAGCAAAUAUCGGCGACAGAACCUAGCAGCGGUUAUUUUCCUCGGAGCAACAACAAAGUGUACAAUAUGACCCCGUCGCCGCCCUUACAAAGGAAUGAUGGUGCUGGCGGAGGUGGUGGUGGAGGAGCAAGCGUCGGAGGUGGUGUCAUGGACAACGGCCCAGCGAUACAUCAUCAGCAUCAGCAACACCACAUGAUCGACGAUGACACCUACUGACGACGAUUGUUCGAUGCGAAAAUUAUUUUGUAAGGAAACUGAAUGCCUAGACCGACUUGCACUUAAAAAACAAAAAUACAUAAAAAUAAAAAAACAAAAAAAAAUUAAGAUAAAAACAACACGCUGCAAUCUGCAACUCUUUAAAACCAACAACAAAAACAACACAACAUUUACUGAAGAAAUUUAACUAAAGCCUAGAAAAAUAUUCUUCACCAGCGAUUUUAUUUAAUUUUGGUUUGUUUCUUUGAUUUUGAUCACAAGAAGUGGAGUGGAAUUUACUGAUAGACGAAGAAGAAGAAGAAGAAGAAGAAAGAGAUGGCCCGUCGCGGCCACCGCCUCAAGAUCUGCAGAGAUUAAUGUUGUACCUAAAAACAAACAAAUAUCCCAACCCAACCCAAACCCAACCCAACCAAAAUCCCUUUCCCUUUUUAUUAUCCUAUUUGUUUCUAAUUUUAUUUAUUGAUGGCAAGUCCAACUCAAAAUUUGUUAAACCUUUUUUUAUUACGUUUAAAAAAUAAAAACAAACAUAUUUACAAAUUUAACAUUUAUAAGAUCAAGUUUUGUUGUUUUCCCUUAAAAUUUAAAUUAUUUUUUAGAGCAUUUAACAAAAAAAGAACGAAGAAGAAUCGAAGAUGAAAGAAGAUUAGAUUUGGGCGGUGUGUCGCAUGCGCAAAAGUUUAGAAGGAAUUUAUUAAAUUUAUUAAACUAAAAGAAAAAGAAAAAAAGGCAAUGAACAUAUGGUAGAUAAAGAGAAAUGAAAGAGAAUUACAUUUAUUAAUAAACAAAAACAAAAAAAUAUAUAUACAUAAAAAUAUAUAAAUAAAAUCAAUAUGAUGCGGUGUUGUAAUGUUUUUUAUACCAAUAUUAGAAAGAUGCAAAAAUAUUAUGCAAAUAAAAUUACAAAAAAAUACAAAAAAAUAUACUGAGGAAUUUUACAUAAUAUAAGUUUUAUUUUAUAUAUAGUAAUUAUAUUAUUCGUUUCUUCUUUGAUUUUUUUUUAUUAAUUCUACUAUUUGUUUUAGUUUAUUAUAAUUUUUUUUUUAAAAGUUGAUAACUACAAGAAAAAGAAAAACAAAAACAAAACAACAAACAAACACAUAUUACAUUACAUGCAUAUAUAGUGAAGAAGGAAGAUUUAAACAAUAAAACAAAAACAAAAUCUUUAAAAAAAAA